GGGCGCGUUGCGCUGCGCUGCGCUGCGCGGUGCCUGCGCUGCGCCUCCCCGGGCGCGUCCCCCUUCCUCGUCCCCCUCCUCGUCCCCUCUCCCUGUCCCUUCUCCCGGUCCCCUCCCGCGGCCACCAUGGCGUGGCCCUGCAUCACCCGCGCCUGCUGCAUCGCCCGCUUCUGGAACCAGCUGGACAAGGCGGACAUCGCCGUGCCCUUGGUCUUCACCAAAUACUCGGAGGCCACCGAGCAGCAGCAGCAUCCUCAGCAUCCCCAGCACCCCCUGCAGCAGCAGCAGCAGCAGCCCCAGCCCGUGGUCCCCGCUCCCCCCCAGCGCCCCUCCGUCCCCAUCGCCACCCAGCCCGGUGCCGAUGCUGCUGCUGCUGCUGCGGGAGGAGGAGGCGGUGGGGAAGCGGCUCCCGGCUCGGCACGGCCCGGCCCGGCCCCGCACGCUUCUCCCCCCGCCGAUUCGGUGAUGCGGCACGACUACAAACCCUGGAAGGUGCAGCGGCCGGAGCCCAGCUGCAAGCCCAAGAGCGAGUACCAGCCUUCGGAUGCGCCCUUCGAGAAGGAGACGCAGUACCAGAAGGAUUUCCGCGCCUGGCCCAUCCCCAAAAGGGGGGAUCACCCGUGGAUCCCAAAAGCGGGACCCUCGCCGGUCCUCGGUCCGGAGCGAGCAUCCCCGGAGAAGCCGGCUCAGGAGAAGAGGAGGAAGAAGGAGGAAGACCCCGAGGCCGAGGAAGAGCAUCCCAAAGCCGGGGCCGGGAGGGAGAAGGGCCGGCAGAAGGGCGAGGAGCCCGGGGGGCAGCAGGCGGAGGCGGGCAGGGGCAGGGCGGCUGCCGAUGCCCUCAACAGGCAGAUCAAGGAGGAGGUGGUGGCGGCGGGGGUCAGCUCGUCCUACAGAAAUGAGUUCAGACCAUGGAUAGACGUCAAGCCUGUGAAAGCUAUAAAAGCCAAGGCCCAGUACAAGCCGCCGGAGGAGAAAAUGACCCACGAAACCAGUUACAGCGCUCAAUUCAAGGGGGAAACCAGUAAGCCUGCUCCAGCUGAUAACAAAUUCCUGGAGCGCAGAAGGAUACGCACUCUCUACAGUGAACCUUACAAAGAACCUCCAAAGGUGGAAAAGCCUAGCGUAAAGCCUUCCAAACCAAAAAAGACCACAACAAGCCAUAAACCCCUGAAAAAGGCCAAAGACAAGCAGAUUGCAUCGGGCCGGGCUGCCAAGAAAAAGAGCGCCGAGACCUCCAACACAGCAAAACCAGAGGACAAGGAGAAAAGUAAAGAGAUGAACAAUAAACUGGCUGAGGCGAAAGAGACCCCUGAAAAAAACCCUGGUGCUACAGACCAAGAACCAAGUACCUUAGUGCAGGACCAAUGCACAUGAAGCUGAGCACUUUCUUCUGAGCAACGGUUGGAGCAAACGUAUAGUCUGCAUGAAAUGUGUAUCGUCUGGCUGGCAUAUAAUAAAGCUGAUGAUCAGAGUUGAAUGAUAAUUUCUCUUGUCUCCCAAGUACUGAGAAGUUACCAGGAUCUGUAUAAUACAGUUAGCAUGACUGUGCCUUGAUUUAUUUUCAGUAAAGUCAGAAAAAGAA